ACCGUGCAACUUUUCGUGACUCAUGUUUGGCGGGUUCGUCGACAGACAGAUGGAUUAAUGGCGCACGUUAUUGUAGCCGGAUUAAACAGAUUAGCACAAAUUGUCUUGUCGACAGUAAUCCCCUUUCAGUGUCCUUCUGAAGUAAUACUAGUUUGAGGUAUUAUUGUUGGCAGGGCCAAAUGAAAUCAAUGGGAGACAGGUGACAGAACGAUUCCUCAUUUGACAGUUUAACAAAGGAGAUAAGUAGUUUGUGUUUCUAGCAAUGUUUUGAUAACUACACAUAUCUGCCUUUACAGAGAGACCGACAUAAUACGGUUUUUAUUUCCCACCAAAUUAGUUCACCAACCUUUGAAAACAAUGGGGAUUAAGUCACAACUUAAUUAAUGACACAUGUAGCAAUGGUUUUCUAGUCAUUGUUGAAGCUAAGACUUAAUAUGUACGUUUGUGUAUAAAUGCAGCUGAGGUACAAUGCCCACCCAGUAUUUGUGGGAAAGCCUAUUUUAGCAUUGCAACCAUGGCAAAAGGAAACGCUGCUUCAUUUCGGGGCAUGAUAGUGGCAGUAUUUGGCACAACUCUGUUUGUAAUGGGUUAUAUCAGCUCUCAUUUUAAACCAGUCAGAAACCUGGAGAUAUCUUUGGACUCCAAAAAGACGGCAUUUCAUCCCCCUAAUCCUAUAAGAGUGGACAAUUAUAACUUCAGAUGUCCAAGCGUUCUGCAAAACAUGACCCAAGGUCAUUGGAGGACGAGAAAGCUUACCGAGGCCCAACGCAGACAAUCAGAAUGGUUUUAUCACAUGGCCUUGAACCACAAAGGAGUACCCAAUUCCCUCCAGAGACAUGACAGUCGAUGUGGUGACAUAGGCUACACAAACGUAACGACUUUUCUUCGAGCAAUUUGCAGUCCUACAGGACCGACCCCUUGCUGCUACAACUUCAAGUGUGUUAAAAAGACAGAAGCCCAGUGUCGGUGUAAAAACUGUUGGGAUAUUCGACAGCAGAUUCACGCAGAAUAUUCUACCUGGAUACCAUCCGAUCCCCGGUGCCAACCACGACAAUACAGUGCCAAACAAAGCUGUCAGUUGUUGGACGGCGGAACCAUCCGCUUCCUUGGGGAUUCCCUCGUGCGACACAUCUACACAGGCUUGCUGAUGACGGUUCGAGGCAAUUUCAAAGACGGCGGAGUUAAACCCACAGAAUCCCGAGUGUGGAAAUCCAAAUGCUCUGGGAUGAACAUGUUCGAAGAGAGAAACUGUAGGAGGCGAUUGGACGCGCAGCCAAAGAAUAUAUGUAGAGGCAGAGUGACGCUCAGUUGGAAGAAACAUUACGUUAGCAGAAGAUGGGCAGAGCUUAUAAAUGAAGUCACAGAAGGCUUAGCUGACCGGCGGACGUUGUUUGUUGUUGGUAUAGGUAUUCAUGAGGAUUAUAACUCAACUAAAGUGAAGAUGGAAUAUCUGAAGCCAACGUUGGAUAGGUUACGAAAAAUUGGUAUACUCUGGCCCAAGGUAUUGUUUGUUGAUAUGAAUGCUCCAGGAAUUAUGAAACGUUCAGAUACACAGUCAAAGCCUCACGUCCUUCGAUUCAAUCGCGACAUGGAGAAGUUUCUGAAGGUAUAUAAAGUACCCGUUUUAAAGACAUUUAAUAUGACAGACGGCGUGCGUAGCUUUGAUGGAACGCAUUAUGCCUUAGGAGUGAAUGUCGUGAAAGCGAACAUUCUCCUGAACUAUAUACAGGAACUCAGUGAUAGUGGGGUUUGGUAGUUGAUUAUGGAAAUACGAUUGACAAUAAGCACCAUGUUGUCGUGUGAGAUAUGUACAUUUUGUGGUGUUGUAAAAUACCAGAUGAUAUGCGCUUUGGAUAUUUAUAUACAGAUGGUCAAUAAAUAAAUCGCUCGAUCUCUGUCUUUCUGUUGACUCGUAAUUCCGAGCUCCGACGUAUGAACAGGAUUGGGUGGUCAGGCUCGCUGACU